UCAACCUUCUUCUGUCCCUCUUCGUGCUUGCUUUUUCUUUGGGCACUGGUCUGACAUACAGUACCCUCUCUCUUAUUUAUUGCCUUAAUCCCUCUCACCUACAAGGCCGGCCACUCACUUCUUCUCUACUCCAAUACUCCAGCCACUGCCCCUCCAUCAGAUAACCCCUCCGAUUGCGGUGCACUGCAUAAAAUUCACCACCACCAUGUCGACCGUCCAAGAAGUCACAGACGAGGCCGUCUUCACCUCGUACAUCUCCUCCAUCCCCCCAUCCUGCCUGCUCGUGCUUUAUUUCCACGCGCCAUGGGCCGCACCAUGCGCCCAGAUGCACACCGUCCUCUCCACCCUCGCGUCCCAAUACCCCGUCACUACCCCGCCCUCCGUCUCCUUCAUUAGCCUCAACGCCGAAGAACUUCCCGACAUCUCAGAGGACUACGACGUCACCGCCGUCCCCUUCGUCGUUAUCGUGCGCGGCGGCGAGGUCCUCGACGCGAUCAGCGGCAGCGACGCAGCUCGCGUGCGUGACGCCGUUGAGAGUUUCGCCGGCCGCGGCGCUUCUGACGGUGGUGCUGUUGGUGCUCCGAAGAGCCAGAUUCCGCCGCCGCUGAGUGCGACGCCCAGAGAGGAUAAUGCCCCCACGACUGCGACGCAGGCGCCUAUUUCUGCGGAGCAGUCGAAGCAGGCGCUGUUUGCGAGGUUGGAGGAGUUGGUGAAGGCUGCGCCGGUUAUGCUGUUUAUGAAGGGGAGUCCUAGCGCGCCGCAGUGUGGGUUUAGUCGGACUUUGGUGGGGAUUCUGCGCGAGCGGAGUGUUAAGUAUGGGUUCUUUAAUAUCUUGGCCGAUGAAGAUGUGAGGCAGGGUUUGAAGGAGUAUGCGGAGUGGCCUACGUUCCCGCAGUUGUGGGUUAAGGGUGAAUUGGUUGGUGGUUUGGAUAUUGUCAAAGAAGAGCUGAACAAUGACCCGGACUUCUUUAACGAUUUCUCUGUUAACAAGCCGGCUGGCGCUUAGUCGCAUUCGAGAGCAUCCUUAUGUGUUAAUCUACAAAAAUUCCAAUGGCAAUUCUUAGCCGUGUUCAGUUGCGGUGCAUCGAAUUGUCUGUUUAGAUGAUGUUUUUCAGCGAUUGUUAUAUCAUCCUUCCAGUGGGC